AUGGUUGAGACACGCGUCGCAAAAUCCCGCAAGGAAGCCAAGGCGAUGGCCACUCGCCGUCGCGACACGAAGGCAAAGAGCCGUCUAAUGAGAAAAUGCGUCCUCGACAAAUACAACCUCCGUGUCCCUGGAGCAAGCGGGCAAGAAGAUUUUGACUUGUCCGAAACCGAGAGCAGCCAGGAGAAAACCGUUGUUCGCCGCCGUUCAACGAAAGGAAAAGACUGGGAUCUACCCGCCUACUCCAAAAAGCGGCCAGGUCCUCCCGGCGUCAGUCUCCGCACGAUGCUUCGAACCGCUGAGGAGUGUUACAAAUUAGCGAUCCACGAUUUUGACAAGAUGAGCCUAUACGACCACAUGUGCUACAUCCAGAAGGUUGUCAAAGGCCCGGAUGAAGACGUCGCCCAGUCGCUCGUAACGAAGGCCUUGAUCUCCGUGGCCCAGCACCAGAAACACAUAGCCGAGGAGAACAUCGUGGCGUGUAUCGCCAAACUUUCUAUUACCAACAACCUACCCCAAGACCUCAGGCCGAACUUCAAGACCUGCACCAACUGUUUCGAGAAGUUUCGUGUAACACCAGCAACAUGCAACUGCAAGAAGCUGGAGAAGAUUUGUCUCCAUACCAGUUGCCAAUACCAUCCUGGCGAGUUAAGAUCUCACAAUGAUCAAAUUGCAGCGUCGGAUGGGGAAACCAAGCUCGGCGCCGACUUCCUCAAGAAGGGCAACGUAACCCUUCGCGAAUUCGAACUUUGGAUCCAGACCUGUUACUGGGACUGCUGCGAUGGGAAGCUGCUGAAGCUCGAGGCCGACGCUGGACGACGCAGCCAGAGGAGGAAGAGGGUCCCGUUGAACCCUUGGGAGAUUCGCCAUCCUAACGAUGGUAUUUUGGGAUGUGUAACCGAAGAUAAGCAUGUUCCGAUCUAG